AUGGUGAAACUCGUUAGCGCUGAAGGCGCCGUCAUUGACGUGGACCGCGACAUCAUCGAGCAGUCGGCACUAAUCCGCAACAUCCUGCAAGACGUCGGGGACACCGGCGAGCCGAUCCCCGUGCCCAACGUCAGCGGGCCGAUUCUCAGCAAGGUGAUCGAGUACUGCACGCACCAUCGGGACGAGCCCGAGCGGCGCAUGCGCUCCGACACUCUGGGCAGCGACUCCGAUCGAGGCUUCGACCACAACUUCUGCAAGGUCGACCAGGGCACGCUGUUUGACAUUAUCCUGGCCGCCAAUUUCCUCGACAUCCAGCCGCUGCUGGACGUUGCGUGUUUGACCGUCGCCUACAUGAUGAAGGGGAAGAGCGUCGAGGAGAUCCGCAGCACGUUUAACGUGCAGAACGACUUUGAUGAGGAGGAGGAGGCCAAGGUGCGGAGCGCUAAUGCCUGGUGCGAAAAUUAA